AUGGCCUCGCGUGUUAGCUCGCGCCAGUCGACAAGUUCGUCACAGUACUCGCAGAAUGACGAGCCAGACAACAAGAAACAGCACGAGAAAUGGAACCUUUUCCGCAUGAUCGAGAGCGGAUGGUCCAGCUUGGACCUGGAUCGACGAACGGUAAUCUUGAUGAUGAAGUUUCAAGCCGAUUCUAUUGCAACCCGGUUCCCCACUACAGGUUAUCUCAUCGCCAUCAUCUCUGUUCUCGGAUUUGCCAUCAUGCCACGGGCAAAAUUCAUCCAGAUGAUGCUCCUGGACGUGCUGGCGGUCUGCGUCGCAACGGCCUUUGCUUUGCUUAUGAUGUUCUGCAGUGUUAAAGCACGACAGAACACACAGUCUGCUGCGGAUGCGGCCUCUAUCUCUAAUUUGGAUCCUACAGCCAACGAGUACAAUUCAUCCGCCUCCGCUGUGAGUGGCGUGCUGCUGUUUUUCCAGAUAUACCUGGUGCACUCGUUUCGCGCCCACUAUCAACAGUUCCAGUUUCCGGUGAUCAUCUACUCCAUAAUUGCCAAUAUCACCGCGUCAUAUGCCCCUCGGCUCCCAACCAUGGCCGCAGGUAUUGCUUUGGUAAGGACCUUGUUCGAGGCAUGUUUAAUUGGGUUGGGACUUUGCACGGGUGUCUCCCUCUUUCUCUUUCCUGUGACCUCAAGACACAUUGUAUUCAAACAGAUGGCAAGCUAUAUCGGAGGACUUCGCGCAGGUCUCAAGGCUCAUACAAAGUACUUUGAGAGUCUGGAGCGCGAUGACAUGUUUGGACGGGCCGAGACAUAUGACGAGACAGUCGAGAAAUUUUCCAAGAAGGGCAAGGUUUAUAGUCCAGAAGCAGAAGCUAUUCGAACUGCGGUCCAGAAGAUUACGGACCUCCAUGGUAAACUGCACGCGGACCUGACCUUCGCGAAGCGCGAGUUCGCCAUUGGAAAGCUCGGUCCUGACGAUCUUCAAGCCAUCUUCAGACAUCUACGCCAGGUGAUGAUUCCGGUUGUCGGUCUUAGCUUCAUCGUAGACAUUUUUCAGCGUCUGUCGGAUUAUAACAAAUGGAACGAGCCUAUCGACCCACUCGCACCGGACAUGGCGACCAACAUCCGCAGUCGUGUUGUACACGAAUGGAACGAGAUCAUGAAGGCUGUGCAUGACCCUUUUGCCUCUAUUAUCGAGACUAUUGAUAGCGGCCUGGAACACAUUUCUUUAUCGUUGCAACUGACAAAACCACCCAAAACCUCUCUCGGAAAGAAAGAUGCCCCAUUGGACGGGGCCUCGGAUCUGGAAGCAUCCGCAGAGAAACCCCCGUCCCCAGGAGAAGCAGGGUUCGCGGCUUAUUAUGAGCGAAAGCUCAGCGACUUCAAGGUGGCAAAACGCCUCGCUCUGAGGACCUGGAGUGAGGAGAAGGGCAUCACUUUACCUCCGGAUUUCUUCGAGCGUCCUUCUUCUGACUUGCCCGAUCUGGACGAAUUCCUCCUAGACAAAUCCUCGGUCGGUCGCGAUAGGAGCCGUCGACAGCUCUUUCUUUUUCUCUAUGUAGGUGCAAAGGCGACUUCCUCGCAUUUCCGUGCUGACAUGCCGAAUCAGAUGGAACAACUACUCUACGCGACAGGCCAUACAGUACUAGAUUUUAUUCAUUUCACUGAUGAGAAAGUCAAAAGUGGAAAGCUGACAAGAUCACAUCUGAUCAUUCCUGGUGCGAAACGUUUACUGAAGUGGUUACGUAGUAUACUUCAGGCGGAGGAUACUCAUGAAGACGAUCACUUGGGCGAUAUUCACACGCAGAGCCAUAUUCUUCAGCUUGGUGAAGCAUACAGACAUAGGAAGGAUCCGGAGCAUUUGCCUCCUGAAACCAUCAUUCAGAAGAUCGGUGACAAAAUCAGGGUAGUACCCUGGCUGCUGCGUUCAUCCGAAUCGGCUUAUGGAUUUCGAGUGGCUUGCGCUACUAUGACUAUCUACGUGAUUGCCCUACUUCAUCAGACUCAGACCUUCUUCAUUCAUCAACGUCUGGUCUGGGCCAUGAUCAUGAUCAACAUCAGCAUGUCACCGACCGCGGGACAGAGCAUUUUUGGCUUUGUGCUUCGUCUGGUUGGCACGGUGAUAGCCAUGGCUCUCACCCUUUUGGCCUGGUAUAUCCCAGGCCAAAAGACACCCGGUGUCAUUGUCUUCUUCUGGCUCUUUGUCGCCUGUGGGUUUUAUGUCCCUAUCAAGCUUUUCCGAUUUCGGAUCGUUGGGAUCAUCGUCAUCAUCACCACUUCCAUGAUCAUUGGCUAUGAACUUCAGGUGCGCAAGGUUGGGCAACAGGCUGCGACCUCUAACGGCCAAGCCUAUUAUCCGAUUUAUCUUCUUGCUCCAUAUCGUCUGGCCAUCGUGGCUGCAGGUAUCGCGGUGGCAUUUUUCUGGACGUUUUUCCCAUUCCCAAUCUCCGAGCAUGGAGUUCUCCGCCAGAGCCUUGGAGCUUCGCUUUAUCUACUGGCGAAUUAUUAUUCCAUCAUCCACGAGUCGGUGUCUGCGCGUUUGCGGGGUGACGAAGGUGACCUGGCUUUGAAAACGUCAGCAGGGCGAAGGCUGCAAAAAGCACGAGGCAAAGUGUUUUCUAAGCAGAUGCUGAUGUUGAAUGGCUUGCGCACAUCGUCGGAGUUUUUGAAAUGGGAGGUACCCAUCGGAGGUCGGUUUCCCAAGAAGCGGUACCAGGCUAUCAUAUCAUCGGUUGAGAAGUACAGCCCCAUCUCACUCCCUUAG